AUGUCGGACUCGUCUGCUGCCACUGUAGCCUCAACUUUCAUCUCCGUGUGCGUAUCUCGGUUCGGUGUCCCCUCCAUUGUCACCACCGACCGCGUCCCACAGUUCGAGGCGAGCCUCUUCACAUCCUUCCUGAAGCUGCUAAGUACCAACCGCAUCCGGACAACUUCUAACCAUCCGUCUUUUAAUGGGCUGGCUGAACGUUUCCACCGCCAGCUCAAGGCUGCCAUCAUGGGCCACGAAAAUCCACCCCACUGGACCGUUGUUCUGCCCGUUGUCCUCCUGGGAAGUCGCGCCACGCUGAAGCCGGACAUCGGAUGCAGUUCCGCAGAGCUCGUGUACGGCACCACCUUUCGACUCCCGGACGAUUUCUUCGAGCCUCUAUUGAUCCAGCCUCCGAUACCAGGAGUUACCUGCACGAGCUCCGUAACAUUUUCGACGGCCUCCGCGCUCCAUCAACUAGAGCCAACUUCAUCUGGGCGCCAUACGUGCCUCAGCAGCUGA